AACCAUUUAACUUAACAUAGAUGAAUUUGGUUUUAUUGUAUUUAUAUAAAUCAUUGUAGAAUCACAUAUGCUUAAUAAGCGCAGUACAUUAUAUGAUUUCAUAUCAGUAGUUAUACUCUAGGAAAACAAUCUUCUAAUGUUGAUCUCAUGUAUAAAUUGGUGUCAUUAUUGAUGGAAUUUAUUACAUUAAGCUACUAAAGGAGGUAUUAUGGUAUUACAGGUGGGAGAUGUACCCAGGCUACUGUGAGGAGGUAAUGCAGCAUGAACCUUAUAGCUGGGACAAAUCCCCUCGUCUACUGGACCUCAUGGACUCUGCUGUUUUUGACUUCCUUAUACAAAAUGGCGAUCGACAUCACUACAAUGUAAUAGCUGGAAAACCUGAGUCAGCCAUCAUUCUCCUGGACAAUGGAAAAAGUCGAAAACGUCUGUCUUCAAGUUUUGGGGAUGCUGAGGUGGAUCACUUGGACAUUCUUGCACCUGUUCUCCAGUGUUGCCGAAUACGGCAGACCACUUAUGAACGUCUUCUGCUCCUAUCUGGUGGUGGACUGUCCCUGGCAAUGCAAGAGCUGCUCAACCUUGACCCCCUUGCACCUGUCUUAACUCGUGCUCAUCUGUUGGCCCUCGACCGACGAGUUUUCCAUGUUCUGGCUGCCCUUUCUGCCUGUCGUGAGCGGCGAGGUAGUUGGCACCACAUCCUGUUUUAAGCACUAAGUACUCAGAGACCCCAAAGAGAUACAGUGAAGGUGUGUGAACAGUAUUUACCCGACAUGUGUGUAUACUUAGAACUUUGUAUUCUUAAUAGCAUUAGGAUAAACUUGUAUGAUAUCCUUGCUUUUAAUACCAAACUGUCUUCUUCCCUUUAGAUUGGUGUGUAGUUACAGUACAGUGACAUUACUUACUUUCUGAGCUCUUGCUUGAUUUUGAGAAUGGCAUUUCUGCACAUCUCUAUCUCCUUUUCUUUUAAGUUUAAAGACAUUAUCAUUUUCUUUUAUUUUCUCACUGUC